AUGAGGCUUUCAACGAACAAUAAGGCCAUUAUAAUGGCUGUAUUCAUCGCCUUCGGCGGAUUUCUAUUCGGCUAUGACAUGGGUGUCAUCUCAGGAUGCCUUAUCAUGGAUGACUUCAUAGACCGCUUUGGACAGGGUCCUCCAGGGGCAAGAGUACUCACAAGCUCACGGUCGUCAAUAAUCACGUCCCUACUAUCGGCCGGUACAUUCGUUGGCUCGCUAUGCCAGGCUUUUACGUCGGAUAGGUUCGGCCGCAGAGGCUCGCUCCUGUUCUGGAGUGGCAUAUUCACCGUUGGAACUGCCAUCCAGACUGCCACCAAUCGAUCUAUAGUGCAGCUUGUCAUAGGUCGCUUCAUUGCGGGUCUUGGAGUAGGUGCCAUGUCUGCGAUUGUGCCCCUGUAUAAUGGGGAGACUGUACCCAAGGCCAUCCGCGGUGCACUACUGGUCGUUUACCAGAUCCAGGUUAUCAGCGGCAUAUUCAUAAGUUAUGUCAUAGAGCUCGGCUCACAUCAUCUCAACAACUCCGGCUCCUGGCGCAUACCCGUUGGGCUGCAGAUGUGUUGGGGCCUCAUCCUUCUCUCCGGAAUGUUUUUCCUUCCUGAGUCGCCGCGCCACCUCCUCGGCACUGGUCGUCGAGACAAGGCUCGCAAGGUGAUCGCUCAAAUGAACUCCGUGGAUAUCGACGAUCCCUUAGUCAUGGAGAUUGUCGAAGAGUUGGAAUACGGUAUAAAGGCCGAGAACGAGGGAGGCAAGGCGGGAUGGCUGGAGUGCUUCUCGACGAGGAAUAAGUUAUGGUUCAGGACGCUCAACGGAAUCAUGCUGCAAGCUAUUCAACAACUUAAUGGGCAGAAUUUCUACUACUACUACGGAGAUACAUUCUUCAAGAGUGCUGGAACAACACUUGAUCCGUACUCAAUUCAGACGAUCCUUGGCGCUGUGUCAGUAGUUGGGACAUUUCCCGCCCUCUAUCUCAUAGAAUACUGGGGACGUAGAGAUUCUUUACUAAUCGGUGCGGCCCUGCAAGCGGCCUGCGCCAUAAUUGCUGGACUUGUGGGCCACUUCACAUUAGCUCCUAGUGGCACCCCUACCAGCCAGCUUACGGCGCGGAACAAGUCCGGAGGAGAUACACUCAUCGCAUUCGCAGUCCUCCACGUCUUUUCCUUCUCUUUAUCUUGGGGACCAACUCCGUGGGUUUACCUCGGGGAGAGUUUCCCCCUCAGAGUUAGGCCUAAAUCAAUCGCACUGGGUAGCGCCUCAAAUUGGAUAUGGAACUUUUUGCUGUCGUUCUUCUCCCCUCGUAUCGCCGCCGACAUAGGACCUCUAGUGCUGCUGAUUUUCGCAGGAGUCUUGAUAUUUGGUUUCGUAUACGUAUACAUAUGCAUACCAGAGACGAAGGGGCUCCAGCUUGAAGAAGUGGAUGAGAUGUAUCGAGCGAACAUCAAACCAUGGAAUUCAUACGGCUGGCGACCACAAUUAUUCGACAAAGUGGACGAACCAAACCAUGAAAAGGACGCCAGUGCAGACUCUGGUUCGGUGGAGGUGCGUGAGGUCAUGGAGAAGAAGGAGAGUGAUUCGGCGUAG